UAUCUUAUCUAUUAAAAACUGUGAUCAUCUUUGCAUUUGAAGAAAAUCAGAUUCAAGCAAAACUCACAAAAGAAAAUGAGUGAGAAGGAGCUUCCCGAGAACGUGAGAGGAGACAACAUAAGUGAAGAAACCAAGAGUCUAAUCUCUUCGCUUCCUUGGAACAAAGAUUGUCUAGGGAAGCUCUACAACUACGAAGGAUGUUGGUACUACCCCAACACUCUCCAAGGAGUCCUGAAUUUUCAGAAAGGUUUCAAGCCUCAAGAAACCGACAUAAUCAUCGCUUCUUUCCCUAAAUCAGGCACCACUUGGCUCAAAGCUCUCACGAUCGCUCUCUUUGAGAGAUUCAAGAACAGUUCUUCUUCUGAUGUUCCUCAUCCUCUUCAAUCCGAUAAUCCUCAUGGCAUAUUGCCCUUCUUGGAGCUCCAUCUGUAUCUCAAAAGCUCAACACCUGACCUGACCGAGCUCUCAUCAUCUCCGAGGCUGUUUUCGACUCACAUGCCGUUCCAUACGCUUAGAGUACCCUUCAAGGACUCUUCUCCCUGCAAGUUCGUGUACGUGUGUAGGGACGUGAAGGACGUGUUGGUAUCGCACUGGCAUUUCAGGUGCGCUUAUUUUCAGAAUGGAUUAGACAAGAGCAUUCUCGAGUCUUCGUUUGAGUCAUUAUGCAUGGGAGAUGGCUCUUUUGGACCCUUUUGGGAACAUGUACUGAGCUAUUGGAGAGGUAGCUUGGAAGAUCCCGAGCAUGUUCUCUUUAUGAGGUACGAGGAGUUGAAAUCAGAGCCCUCUGCUCAGGUUAAGAGACUUGCUGAGUUUUUAGGUUGUCCAUUCACCAAGGAAGAGGAAGAAGGUGGUUCUGUGGACAAGAUCUUGGAACUUUGUUCUCUGCGUAGUCUGAGCAGUAUGGAGAUCAACAAGACCGGAAAAGCUCCGAACAAUGUGAAUUACUCUAGUUUUUUUCGCAAAGGAGAAGUUGGUGACUCUAAGAAUCAUCUCACUCCUGAGAUGGAAAACAAAAUCGACAUGAUCGUCGAGGAAAAAUACAAGGGAUCCGGUUUGAAAUUCUGAGUCAUGUGUGAUUUUGUGCUUUCCUCAAGAAAUGGAUUUGUACUAAUAAUAAUAAAAAUUCAUUACUGAAGUGUGAUUUGUGUUUCUUUUAAUUUCUCACGAAAAUUUCUGUAAUAAUAUGAACCUAAAGCUGCAUUCAGCACUUUUACUUUAGAACAGAUUCUUCCAUUUUCUA